AUGAAGGAGCCAAUAGGAACAGCAGCAACAGCAGCAGCAGCAAAUGGUGCAGCUGCUGCUCCUUCUCCUCAAGACUCGCCGCUAGACUUCCGCAAGAUGGCUGUAGAUGCAGAUGCAGCAGUGAACUGCCCCCAGAGUGAGCGGCUACAGCAGCAGCAGCAGCAGCAACAGCAGCAGCAGCAACAGCAGCAACAGAUGCUGCUGCAAGACGAGCAGACGACUGCAGCAGCAGCAGCACAACUUCCUCCCCUCCUCAACGAGCUGCGAGUCCGGCGAAUGAGCGGGUCCCCUUCCUCUCUGUACAGCAACGGAGGCCUCAGCAGCAGCAGCAGCAGCAGCAACAGCAGCAGCAGGCUGCGUUACAAAGCGGGAAGCUGCAGCGGUGUGGAAACGGACCCCACAAAGUGUCUGCUGCAGCAGCUGCUGCCCACUCCCGAGCAGCAACCUGCUGCUGAAGGUCCCUGCAGCAGCUCUCCUGCUGCAGCAGCAACUCCAUUUGAUAUAUCUCGUUUGCUGCGGCAAAACCUGCAGGGCGCAGACCUCAACUCCCUCAGCGCAGCAGAGUUGGAGGGUCUGCAGACCCAAGUCAGCGGCCGCAGGCAGCACUACAUGAAGCGGCUGCUGGAGCUGCUGCGAGGCAGAGCUGCGGAAGGCAGUGGGGCCCAGGGGCACCAUGAGAGGCAGCAGGACGAGCUGGUGUGCAGGCUGCACGAGGGCAAUCCUUGCAGCCCCGAGUUUGCAGAAUACGCGAGACAAAAGAUGGAGCUGGAGUUCAAGCGGCUGCUGCGCAUGCGGCACUGCUGGCUGCAAGCUGAAGAGCUUCGUCUGCUGCUGCGCUAUCUCGAAGCCGCUGCGCAGCGAAGGGAAGAAGGGCCAGGCGGCGGAGGCCCUGAAGGGGGAGACAGCCACUUCGGCUCUCGCGGGCUACAGAUUCGAGAGGACCCUACGCCGCAGCAGCCGCUGCAACGCCCACUGCUGCCAGACCAAGCCUCAGCAAGGACAGCAGCAGCAGCAGCAGCAGCAAACAUGGACCAGACCUCCGAGGAGCGGACACGACCUGCCGCGCUCCACAGCGAGACGCGCCUCAAACAGCAGCAGCAGCAGCAGCAGCAGCAGCAGCAGGGGGAGCCGCGCCUUUCAGGGCUGCAGCUGCACGACUCGGAGUGCUUUAUGGACAUUGACGCUGCAGCAAGUUGA